CAACCUUCUACUACAAUGACUGAGGCUACGAUGACUGAGGCUGAUAUUUUAGGCGACUUUGACCCAGAAGGCAUACCCAAAUGCGCGCGCUUUUUCUCCCGAGCCCUCAGCUUAUUGUCCAGCGGCGGCACCCAUUGUUGCUCGAGUCAGGGCAAGCUUCACUAUCGUGCAGGAGAGAGAAAAAGAACGAUCAAUCAAACAGUUCCAGUCAUGUCUCACCCCGCGGCAACCCAAAACAAAGUGCGGAAAGUCGAGGUAGUUGAUGGUGCAGAGGGGAAUAUGUCCGCUCACCAGGACAUCAUCGAUCAGAUUGACCAAGUGCAGAAUCAAAUAGACUCCCUCAACGAGGAGGCUUCAGAAGAAAUACUACGAGUUGAGCAAAAAUACAACGCCAAGCGACGGCCGCAUUUCACAGCCCGCACUAACUUGAUCAAGAAAAUACCGAAUUUCUGGAUCACCGUGUUUUUGAAUCACCCACAGAUACAAAUGCUGCUAAAUGAGGAUGAUGAGGAGGUGUUACAAUACAUGGCAUAUGUGGAAGUAGAGGAGUUUGAAGAUAUCAAAUCUGGAUACAAAAUAAAAUUUGGUUUUGAAGACAAUCCUUACUUCACAAAUCAAGAAAUCUGUAAAGAGUUUAUUCUCAAUGAUAAUGGGGAACAAAUGUCAAGAUCAACCACAAUAAAAUGGAAACAAGGAAUGGAUCUCACACAAAGAUUCAAGGAGAACUCUAAAGGCAGGAAACGUGAUCAUCCCCCUAGUAGCUUCUUUUGCUGGUUCACUGACUUGAUGGACAACAGUGAUGAAUUAGGGGAGCUGAUCAAGGAUGAUAUCUGGCCUAACCCACUGCAGUAUUAUAUGGGUGCAGAUGUCCAAAUAGAAGAUGAAAACGAUGCUUUAGAAGAUGAAAAUGAAGAAGACUCAGAUGAUGAGGAGGAUGAUGAUGAGGUUGUUGAAGUAGAUGACGAUGAGGAAGAUGAAGAUGAUGGAGGUGAUGAUGAAGAUGGUGAGGAGGUCGAGGAAGUUAUCGAGGAGACAGAUGACAAAGAGCUAGCUGAGGGCGAGGAGGGCGUCAUGGUGUACGAGGAAGAAGAGGAAGACGAUGACGAUGAGGAAGUGGCAGGCAAGAUUGAAGGAGAAGACGAGGAUGAAGAAGAUGACGACGAUGAUGAUGGCGAAGACGAGGAGGAAGGAGACGAGGAAGGGAGAGAACAUGUGGAGGACUAAGCGCCCCUCCCUCCCCUCCCCCCCUCAAACAGCCUAUGUAAUAUAUUACUCCCUUCACGGAAACAGUGAUGUUUCAACAAACCAGCACUCAGGCUCUCUGUGAGAGCUCCUCCCCUAAGGAAGGUCUUGUUGAAGUGUCAUUCAUUUUGUACAGCAACAUUUAAUAGUGCAGUAUCCGAGAUGUUAUACAAAGUAGCUUAAAAUAUUUUGCUUAGAGCUUGGGAACCCAAGCAAUGCUGUUAGGGAUCAAACGGCAAAACAACAUCUUCCAACAUCGUCACACCACACACAAUUAUACGACUUGAUGAUCAAACAUCGUUGACCAAAAUGUUUCUCAGCAGUGUUGGUGCUGUUUCGCAGGCCUUAAAUUUGAUAAAUACGUUGAAAUUUGGCUUUCCAAUUUUACUCUUACUAAAAGAGGAAUAUUGUUAUUCAUUGGCCUCAACAUCUGAACAAAAUUAAGGUAAAGUGUUCUUCAAGGAACUCAGCCAUCUGCUUUUUUUCAGUCAUCCAAUACAAGCCUACUUGCAUACUGAUUUCGGCUAACAAAGUAGGUUUUUUAAUACUACCAAGAAAGUUUCUUUUCACCUUCGAAUUGCGAUAACCUUAUUUGAUGAUAUUGCUUUAUCACGAACACAUGUAAGAUAUUUGGCUUACGAGUACAUUGACUAGUUCACGUUACUUGUACAGAAAGUUUCUAUGUGGAACUACCAUUAACAAUGCUGGAAGCUGUUGACACUUUAUAGGAAAGAAACCCAGCCCUACUAGCUCGGUGUUUUCGCCUGCGAAGAGCCCUGAGCAAUCCUCAUUGAGACAAUUUGGCACUAUAACGCAACAAAUAAACAGGUAUACAUAACAAGAGAGAGACGUUAAAACAUGUCAUCGCAAUGCAUCUUGGGCAGGCUGAGUUGGCCUCUUUAGGAUGUGAAGUUUCACAAACUGAAAGUGCAGACGUGAUACACGUGAAAAAAUCAAAAUUGAAGAAAUAGGAGUUGAAGGGAAUGAAUGUCAUCACACCUUUCUCUACUUUGUCUUGACUUUAUGCUAAUUUUCACAAGUGCCACACACACAGAAAAACAAACACAAGUGUUCGUACUUUUAUAAAAUAUAAAUAUACUAGAUACUGGAAACUAAGACUUUCCCUAACCCUAACCCCGUUAUCUGUUAUAACAAGUUGCUCAAAUUUCGGCUGCUUCCGAUAUUCCAAAUAAUUUUCUUUAGGCUUUUCAAAUAUCUUUUCUGUUUGUUACAGUAAGACCAAUACUGCUAAUAUUUCUCUGAGCUUAUUUUAUAUAUCUCCAAGCUUUUUUGAUCAACUCAUUGUGUCUGAUAUUUUGUAAUUCCUCUAUUGUUUAUAAUAAAUGCUUAAGCCAAACAAAA